AUGCCGAUUGUUCAUCACGAUGAGUACGUGUGUGACCUGCCUGCUAACCACAGGUUCCCAAUGGCUAAGUUUCCACGAGUCUUGCAUUGUUUAAUCAAGGAUCAAAUCAUUAGCGACAAACAGGUGUGGACGCCUGAAGUGGCUUCCAUUGAGAUGCUGCGUGGCGUCCACACAGACGACUACCUGGACAAAUUCAUCAACGGCAAGGUCAGCGAGAGCGACCAAAGGAGGACAGGAUUCCCUUGGAGCGAAGGCAUCGUAAAACGCUGUCGAUAUGAGACAGGCGGUACAGUGCUCGCGGCGCAGCUGGCUCUGCAAAGGGGUCUGGCCUGCAGCACAGCCGGCGGGACUCAUCAUGCCUUUCCCAGCUAUGGCUCCGGGUUCUGCCUCCUCAAUGAUCUGGCAGUGGCGGCCCGACACUUGAACAACCAGUCGUGCAAGAGGAAAGUUCUGAUUGUGGAUCUGGAUGUGCAUCAGGGUGACGGCACUGCUUUCAUCUUCCAAGACGAGCCGCUUGUCUUUACUUUCUCCGUGCAUUGCGGUAAAAACUUCCCUCUCCGUAAACAACACAGUGACCUCGAUGUCAGUGUUGAGGAUGGCCUCGAGGACAAGGAGUACCUGGCCACAGUGGAGGCUUACCUUCCCUGGGUGCUGGAGUCUUUCCGUCCCGAUCUGGUCCUGUACGACGCUGGGGUAGACCCUCACUGUGAAGACGAACUGGGAAGACUCCGCCUGACUGACCGAGGGAUAUAUGAGCGAGAUCGGUAUGUGAUGAAGACAGCGCUAAGCAGAGGCAUCCCCGUGGCAGCAGUCAUCGGAGGGGGGUACUCGCGAGACAUCGACAAGCUGGCUCUCAGACAUUCCAUCGUCCACCGAGCGGCAACUCAGAUUUGGAGGGAGCACAGGAUGUAAAUCAUUGGCACUACAAAUGGAUCAUCAGGAGACCUACAUUAUUCAUACCCUAGCCAAAUUGUGAGUUAAAGGGACUUUUAUUUCUUGAACACAUUUAAGUGGAAAUGACAUUUUGCAAGAGCCAGAUUUUGAUAAAAGCAACAUGGCCACAAUUUUUAUGCUAGAAGUUACCACAAUCCUUGUCCUUCCACAAAAACCUGUUUGUCUCAUUUCCCGUUUCAACAUAAAUAUGCAACACGUAAGGGUGGGUUGCUUUUGAGAUCAUACCCUUUCCAGGUACAUUAGGUAUACAUGCACAAUGCAUGAGAUCCAAUAUAGGAGCAUCAGAACUCCAAACUUAACUACUGUAUAAAGAAAGAUGUGGAAGCAGCCAAUUGAACAGUAAUAUUGUUUUGAUGUAUCAACCACUGCACAACAGAGUCGUACAGAGCAAAAACCUUUAUUAAAAGAAGAAAAAAAACUCUUUACAUGAGUGUCACGCAAACAAAACACCUCCUUGGCACAAUGUUUCAAGUUUUGAAAAGUAAUUGUUGGCGUCAAGCAACGACAUACUUGUGGUACAGUGCAGUGUUAUUCACAGUAUAUGAGGCAGUCCAUCGCUAUGUUCUACUUCUACACGGGACCACACGAGAGUACACAGACGGCAACAUCAAGCAUUUAUUGGGGUGAAUGAUAGCUCCACAUACAUGCAGCUGUAAACCAGACUUUACGAUAAAAAGCCAAAAUAAGUAAAAAAACAAAAAAGCAUUAAGACGUUAAAACGUUGGCUUAUUAAAGUCUGAAGAGGAAGCCUAGACUAUUAAUAAAUUUAAAAAAAAUACACGCAACAGCGACUCAGGGCGCUACUGAAAUGAACACUUCAUACACACGACAAUCUGCUGUGCACGGUCCACACAAAGACAAACAUUCCAAAGAGAAUUUUUUAAAAAGUGAACAGUCGUGCGUUGCAGCCACGGAGUCAUUUUGAGAACUUUUUCUUAUUCAUUGUAAGAAUAAGUUGUGUCAUUCAGCGACAAUUCCAGGAAUCGUCACCAACCAGCGGAAUAAAAACUGUGCUAAAACCCAGAGGCAGACCAUUGGAAUACAUAAAAUUAAAAAAAGAAUCAGAUUUUUCACAGCUCUACUUUCUCAGCCACCACGCACCAGUUGGCAUGAUCGAAAUAAGCCUGUUGGAUGCGGAGUUCCUCCACAUGAUCGUUGAUCAGCUCGGCUAGCUCCCCUUCCCUGAAGACAUGAUAGUACCUCAGGCAGGAGCCAUCCACCUGAGGACUCUGUGUGCUUUCCUGCUGCAGCCCGUCAUCCCCUUCCUCGUCAGCCUCCCUGAGGUGCUCCCUCUGGAAAGGGACGAGAUCGGGCAGUGCCAAAGAGCCACACUCAUGUGCUAAAGAGACACUCCGGUUCGCUUUCACGUCUGGGUCUUUGGGCUCCUUGUGCAGAUCUGUGCUCGAGUCGAAGACAUCCUCAGAUCCGAUGACAGACGGAGGCGAGAAGAAGCUGGAGAACUGCUUGAUGAGGCCUCGCCCCCGCAACCCUGCCGUGAACCCCCCAUUCUCCACCCCCGUCGACGAUAAAGUGCUGAGCUCUCUGGAGGAAGAACGAGAGAUGGCCAAGCUUCCAAAAUCGAACACAGAGUCCAGGGAGCGGGAGAAGAACCAGAGCUUGUGUGUGCUCUGCGAAGGUGCUGCGCCAGCGAGCUCCUCAUCACCCAUGGAGGAUGUGCUUCUGACCUUCCUGUGCUUGUCACCGCCAUCUAUGGCUUCGCUUACGCUCUGUGCCGCUGCCCUCCGUCUCGGUUUGAAAGUGGAGGGCCAAAGAGGGUUGGGGUUCCACGGAACGAAGAUGUCCUGCUUUUCAAAUUUGCGACGCUUCUGCUCCAUUGCCCACACGUAGAUCAUGAUGCGUCCCCCUGCUCGGAGCGUGCGAGCCAUCUCUUUUAUUGCUCGGAUACGACGUUCUUUGGUGGACAAAUGGUGGAUGACUGAGACAGAAACAGCCAUUUGUCUGGUUAACCAACACAUUGUGUUAACCUGAACAAGAGAUUACAGCCAUACAUUUACCAUACCAUUAUUUAAAUACUUCAUGAGAAGUACCAGUCAAAAUAACCUAGACGGUUUCUCCUUCAAAUGCAUGACAAAGUGUGCCCAACAUUUGGAAUUCUAAAGCAAUCUUUUUAGAGAGCAACCAAGUUGGGCUUUAAAGGGGACCUACGUAUUAUGCUUUUUCCACUUUUCUGACCUAUAAAUGGAGUUAGAAUGUUGUAUUCUCUUGUUAAAUGAUGCCAUAGUUUCAGAUAACGAUGUUUACACAUUUGGAAGUGAGCCCUGAAAUAAGUUUGGGAUGGCUUGUUUGGAAUUUCUAAAGACCCCACCAUCAAGCACAAGUGGUUGGAGUUCCUGAUUCCCUAGAUAGCAAAAGAAAUGAAUUUUAAAAAUCGGUCAAUGGCAUUUGUGUCCAAACACUGUUUUGUGAAUAUGAGCCAGUAUGCAGCCUUUCCAAUGUUAUGUCGUGUGAACUGAGCAAGCGGUAAGUGACAAUUUUUCAGUGACCUAACUGUUUAUUUUGUGCAAGUCAUGUAGCUAAUAGCAGUUUCCCACCGCAGUUAGUAGCCAUAUUCGGUUACCAAUGUUGUAGAAAACCUAACGCUGAAAAGCCAGACAUCUUGAAUUAACCUCUUUUCUAGAGAAACUUCAGACUGUCCAGCCUCUACUUUCGGAUCGGAACACACAUGGCUGUAUGCAGACAUUUUAAAAACCUAAAUCGCCGUUCAUUAUGAACUCCUACACUGUUUGCAGCUAGCUGGAACUCCUUUUAACUACUCGCUAGCGUGACCAACCACAGCGGAGUAGGCCGUGAGUGCAAUACAUUAAAACAGACCGUUUGAGGGAACCACAGUGCUGGUUAUUGUGUGUAGCUGCUCUAUAGGAGUCCACAACUUAAUACAAAGGGCUGAAAGAUUAUCAUAAUAGGUCCCCUUUAAGGU